UAACACUCAUUUUACAUAUGUCUAGACAUUUAUAUGUAUAGCGUUGUUGUGUGUAAUAAGUUCACUUGUAGUAUCUUGUACAUACAUAAAUAUAUAUAUAUAGGUGUGUUUGUGAACAAUUAUAUUAUCACACAUACACAACUCAUUAUUAUCAUAAUAAUAAUAAUAAUAUGAAUCAUCUUCGUGCUGAGGGUCCGGCCUCCGUUCUCGCCAUCGGCACCGCCAAUCCGGAGAACAUUUUAAUACAAGAUGAGUUUCCCGACUACUACUUUCGGGUCACCAAAAGUGAACACAUGACUCAACUCAAAGAAAAGUUUCGAAAAAUAUGUGACAAAAGUAUGAUAAGGAAACGUAACUGUUUCUUAAAUGAAGAACACCUAAAGCAAAACCCAAGAUUGGCGGAGCACGAGAUGCAAACUCUGGAUGCACGUCAAGACAUGUUGGUAGUUGAGGUUCCAAAACUUGGGAAGGAUGCUUGUGCAAAGGCCAUCAAAGAAUGGGGUCAACCCAAGUCUAAAAUCACUCAUUUAAUCUUCACUAGCGCAUCAACCACUGACAUGCCCGGUGCAGACUACCAUUGCGCUAAGCUUCUCGGACUGAGUCCCUCAGUGAAGCGUGUGAUGAUGUAUCAACUAGGCUGUUAUGGUGGUGGAACCGUUCUACGCAUUGCCAAGGACAUAGCAGAGAAUAACAAAGGCGCACGAGUUCUCGCCGUGUGUUGUGACAUAAUGGCUUGCUUGUUUCGUGGGCCUUCAGAUUCUGACCUCGAAUUACUAGUGGGACAAGCUAUCUUUGGUGAUGGGGCUGCUGCGGUAAUUGUUGGAGCUGAACCCGAUGAGUCAGUUGGCGAAAGGCCGAUAUUUGAGUUGGUGUCAACUGGGCAAACAAUCUUACCAAACUCGGAAGGAACUAUUGGGGGACAUAUAAGGGAAGCAGGACUGAUAUUUGAUUUACAUAAAGAUGUGCCUAUGUUGAUCUCUAAUAAUAUUGAGAAAUGUUUGAUUGAGGCAUUUACUCCUAUUGGGAUUAGUGAUUGGAACUCCAUAUUUUGGAUUACACACCCAGGUGGGAAAGCUAUUUUGGACAAAGUGGAGGAGAAGUUGCAUCUAAAGAGUGAUAAGUUUGUGGAUUCACGUCAUGUGCUGAGUGAGCAUGGGAAUAUGUCUAGCUCAACUGUCUUGUUUGUUAUGGAUGAGUUGAGGAAGAGGUCGUUGGAGGAAGGGAAGUCUACCACUGGAGAUGGAUUUGAGUGGGGUGUUCUUUUUGGGUUUGGACCAGGUUUGACUGUCGAAAGAGUGGUCGUGCGUAGUGUUCCCAUCAAAUAUUAAUAAAAGAUAAUAAUAAAUGAUAAAAACAACAAUAAAGAAUAAUAAUGCCCAAUUUAAAUUUAACUUCAAAUUUAAAUAUAUGUUGCUUAUUGUCUAAUCAAUCAAAGUUAGCUUUAUGUUUUUAA